AUGUGGACCGAUGAUCAAUUACGCUUAUUGAUCGAUGAAAGAAAAAAUCGAAAUGCGGAUUAUUAUAACAUUUCUGGUAAUAGUAGAGUAAACUUUUGGAAUAGUAUAGCAAACACAAUCAAUGAACGAUUUGGGACCACCUAUACAGGACACCAAUGUAAUAAUAGAUUUCAGAAUCUUGUUAGAGAUUACAAUCUGGGAGCAAAACUGGAAAGAGGAGCAGAGCAGAUGAAUGAUAUUUUGAAGAAUUUAAUUCUCAUUUUUAGGAGAGACCUGAAUAUAGAAACUCCAUUCGACAUAUUGCAUAAUGCAAACACAUCUACCAAAAGAUGUCGCUGUAACCGUACCCCACUACUAACUUAUGAAGUGUCAUCAAUUCUAAGUACUAGUUGUCAUGAAUCCACCACCAAUCAAAGGAAUCGAUCCGCAUUACCCAUCUGGAGAGUUCCUAGUAGAAGGGAUGAGAAUAGUAAUCGAGAUAAUGUAAAUAGUGCUGUUGGACAUAGCUUAGCUAAUGUAAAUGAUGUGUGUGGAGAUUCAGGUAAUAACACGAAUGAUGCAAGUAGAAAUUUAAGUAAUGUAACUUACUCAUCUUCAUCUGAGUUGAUAAAUAUUACCUCGGCCCUUAAUUUAUUUGCAUCACAAAAUGACAGCGAUUUAAGCAUGCCCGAUAUAGGAAGGCCACUGGAAUCUAUAAAUGAGGAAAGUUAA